CAAGAUUCUGACAGCAUCGUCUGCGGGAGGAGGUCCCGGGGAGCUCAAAACAGAAGCCGCAGCGCCUCCUGCCUGCCGCCUUUCCUCCCCAGCUUGCGAAUCUCACACCGAACAAGAUGUGCAAAGGACUUGCAGGUCUCCCGGCUUCUUGCUUGAGGAGUGCAAAAGAUAUGAAACAUCGGCUAGGCUUCCUGCUGCAGAAAUCUGAUUCCUGCGAACAUAAUUCCUCCCACAGCAAGAAGGACAAAGUGGUGGUUUGUCAGAGGGUGAGCCAAGAGGAAGUAAAAAAAUGGGCUGAAUCACUGGAAAACCUGAUUAGCCAUGAAUGUGGGCUGGCGGCUUUCAAAGCUUUCUUGAAGUCUGAAUACAGCGAGGAGAACAUUGACUUCUGGAUUAGCUGUGAAGAGUACAAGAAAAUCAAAUCGCCCUCUAAACUAAGUCCCAAGGCCAAAAAGAUCUAUAAUGAAUUCAUCUCCGUCCAGGCCACUAAAGAGGUCAACCUGGAUUCUUGCACCAGGGAGGAGACAAGCCGGAACAUGCUAGAACCCACAAUAACCUGCUUUGAUGAGGCCCAGAAGAGGAUUUUCAACCUGAUGGAGAAGGAUUCCUAUCGCCGCUUCCUCAAGUCCCGAUUCUAUCUUGAUUUGGCCAACUCUUCCAGCACCGGCUUGGAGAAGCAGAAGGGAGCCAAGAGGCCCGCAGACUGCCCUUCCCUGGUCCCCCAGUGCGCCUGACCAUCCCACGGCACCGGAGGACGACAUACCCAAGACUUAAUGCCUGGAAAACCCGAGGCCAAAUAUCGAUCUGUAUUAGGAACGAGGGCUUUUAUCCGCCUUGUAGCUUAGUGUUCACGCUGCCUGCCAUGUGUGAGUCACUCCCGUGUGCGAAGUAGAUUUAGCGUUGGUGUUUCGGUGUCCGUCAGGGCACGACCUCAUUCCAGUCUGGUGUUCCCAGAUUUCCUUUAGGGUCCCAUGUGAGCAAGUCUCCAGAUAAUGGCUGUGCAGGGGUGGCUUCCCAAAGACUCUGAGUUCUCUCCUCCCAACGGCUUGACCUCAGGCUUGUUGGUUGGUACAUUUCAUGUGACAUCCACAAGCACUUGCAUUCUGUUGGCACUUUCUCUAAACUCUAAGUGUGUAUAUGAGGUUGA